AUGGCUUCAACUGUAGUGCACUCAACUGCGACUAGCUCAGCCUCAAAACCUCCCGCUGUCGACCCUUCUUCUCAACCAUCAGCUCAAUCUCCAGAUAUGAAACUUGUGUCUGCCACGCCUCUCGAAUAUGUCCAGACGGCAUAUCUCAAUGCCGAAGAAUGGCAAGGACCGCUUACCAUGGAGCAAUACCUAGAUCGCGAAGUCGUCCUCCAGUCAGUCGAUUUGACAAGAGACGGCCGUAUCACCGGAUGGAUUUUGACGUCCGACUCUAUACCCCCAAACCCCGAUGGUUCGCGACCUAUACUUGCUUGUUGUGAGAGUCUCCUGGUUGAAGGAUAUGUCGCUAAAGAUGGCGAGGUUAAAAAGACCCAGGCACAUGGUAUUGCCUCGGUUUAUACUCGUCCUGAAUACCGCGGGAAAGGGUACGCUGGCAGAAUGAUGGCAGAGCUAGGGAAACGAUUGGAGUCGUGGCAGACAUCAACUGGUGCUCCCAAUCCAUUCUCGGUCCUCUACUCGGAUAUUGGCCAGAAGUUCUAUGCCAAGUUCGGCUGGAAAGUAUUCCCCAGCAACCACAUUCAUCUUACUCCCAUGGAUCAAGCCGCGUACAAUGCAGCCGCUUCCAAGUUCCCAGAUGUUGAGGACCUGACGAUGGAAGAUGUCAAGCAUAUCCCGACUGCUCAAUACCUUGAACAUCGCCUGCAUACGAUAUCCAGAGCGACACCGGGUGUCAACCACGUUGCAAUUCGCCCUGAUGUCGAGCAUUUUGAGUGGCACUUCGCUCGAGAGGAGUUGCACACAAAGGUCUUGAACAAGGGUUUCCCAAAAUUCAAGGGCGCAAUUCAUCGAGACACCGGUUUAGCUCUGCUCUGGUGUCGUGUCUACGCAGCCAAGGAAUCAGAGUGGCAAUUACAUAUCCUCCAUACCGUUAUCCCACCCUCGGUGGAGAGUUCAGUAGAUGCCCAACAUGCAAUGUCGGCACUUCUCUUGAGAGCACAGUUAGAAGCACAUCGAUGGGAGAUGGCUGCAGGUGUGGAGGUCUGGGACCCCUCGGAAUUGGUAGUUGCCUCUUCUCAGGGGCUGAGGACGGAAGAGCAGGGCAGGGUGGAGAUCAUUACCCGCGACAAAGAGCAUUUGUGCAGUCUCAGAUGGACUGCGGGACCGGAUGAUGAAAUCGUUUGGCUCGCCAAGGAGAAAUAUGCCUGGUGCUGA